AUGUUCAGGAAAACCUGCUGCAGGAACACAGCCAGCGCUGCAGUGAGUCUGCACCAAGACCAAGCCCUCAACACAACCCUGUUUCUGCUCAAGUCCUUCGGCCCAACAGGCUUUCUCCUGCGAGAGGAGGGCGAGGUCCGGGACGUCAAGGUGUGCUUGGGGGACCCACAUACGUGCACAUGCCCCGUGUUCACCAAGGAGCAGGAGCCAUGCAAACACAUCUGCUGGGUUUUACUGCGGAAAUUCAGACUACCCAGAGAACAUGAAUAUUCAUUUCAGCAUGGCCUUGUGGAGAGACAGAUCUCGGAGGUGCUCCACGGUUUACACCAAACCAAAGAGCACCGGACGGGGAACAAUCCCAUGGCUGCUUCUGGGACCGCGAGCCCGCCGGUCGCUUGCCAGGAGGCUGGAAGCUCUUGCCGGAAAGUGAUCCGCCAGGAUGUGUGUCCUAUCUGUCAAGAAGUGCUGCUGGAGAAAAAACAGCCUGUGUCUCACUGCAGGUUCGGUUGCGGCAACAAUGUCCACGUCUCCUGCAUGAAGGUGUGGGCGGAGCACCAGAGGCCGUCAGACAGGGAGGAAUCGGUGAAGUGCCCUCUGUGCAGAGAGGGCUUCAGCUCUUGGAAGUUACUCCAAGAGCAGGUGAGAAACGCAGCGAAGCUCUUCACCGCCUCCGAGAGGGAGAAGCCCAACCGGCACCUGGGAGUUCUCUGCCACGGCUGCCGGCUCGGGCCUGUCACCGGCAAAUGUUUCAAAUGCACGGUCUGCAGGCACUUCUAUUUAUGUGAGGACUUCAAGAAGGGAUACCACCCACAGCAUCCAUUUAAAUGUCUCAAACAGAAAAGAAGAGAAAAGUGGCGUCUUGUGAACGAAGACCUGAAAGAUGAACCUAAGGGGGCGACCUCUCAGUCCACUAAUGACAGCAGCAUCCCUGCAGCUGCAGACCCUCUCCCAGGAAAUGUGUUGCACUGUCUGCACACGGUCCAAGUGAGACCGGGGUCUCGGCUAAUGGACGUAGGGACAGCAGUGUCGCUCUGUCUGCUGGAUUUUAGCCUGGGUCAACGUGUCCGAACUCUGCCCUGCCAUCACAAGUUCCAUGCCGCCUGUGUGGAUGGGAUCCUGCGGGAGUCGAACUCCUGCCCCUUGGACGGGUACAUCAUUUACAGCCCCUCAACUUGGAGGACCAGUGAAAGAAAGCCCUUCUCUAAGUUGUUGCCCUCCCUGUCCAGGGACUGUGCCACAGGGCCAGAUAAUAACCUCAAAGACCUGUUUAUUCCAGGAGUGGCUCUGUGGGACAGGAACACCAAAGGCCUCCUCUCAAGCGGUUCUCUUCAUUUAGAAGUGCUGCCGGGCUCUCCGGUAACUUCAAACACCUCUCACAGGUUUCAGGGCUUGUGCUUGGCUACAGAAGAGGGAACAAUAACUCCUCUUAAUCCUGCAAGCUGCCCAACUUUACGUUUACGCUCCUCCAGAAAGACGCAUGCAAAAAGCCUCAGGGAGCAGCCACAGAUGAGCCUUUUUGUGGGUUUGUGUCGAUCCGAGUCAGACCCCACUGGGGCCCCACCGGCCAGGGGAGUGAGACCGAAGCCCAAAAGGUCCCACGGCACAUCAGCCAUUAAAGGCGCGAACAACGGACUGGUUCCAGAGCUUAGGAUGACGGGGGGGGUCUUGAUAAACACACAGCAACAGAGGAAGACCGACACUGAGGUGGUCGUGAAGGGGAAGAAAUAA